AUAUAUAUUGUUCUUGUAUUUUCUUUUUCAAUUUUCAACUGCAGUUGAACUACCCCCGGCUCCUGCAGAAAUCUACCAGAACAAAACAACCACUUUUCAGACUGAUCGCUCACAGAAUGCUUCUAGUAACGACGGUCAAGUUUCAACAAGUUCGCACAAUGUCGUCAGCUCAGUUCAAUCAAAGGAAGUCAGCAGAACUAAAUCAAAAUAUACUUCCAAAGUUUACACUUAUCGGAAACAUUCAAAUGCGGACUCCAGUGAGAAAGGAAAAAAAGAGAAGAAUACUUUUAACUCUUCUGACACAACUAAAACAGUAGAAGAAAAUAUAGAAGAAAAUACCGUAAAUAAAGCGAACCUUCAUAGAAAUAGAACUAUUGUGUUGAUUGUAGCAUAUAUGAGGUCGGGUUCGACUCUUACAGGAUCUCUCUUUCAGGAGUAUACGGAUGCAUUCUAUGUUUUUGAACCACUACAUAUGCUACAUAAUGCUUUUAGUAGACCAGCAGACGAUAAAGUGACAUUGAAAUACGUCAAUGGGACAACAAGAAAUUAUUCGGUAUCUGAAAGAAGUGAAGUGUUCCUGGAUGAAAUUAACAGUUGGUUGAAUUGUAAGAUUGAAUCUUUGAGUACACAAACUCUCACCUGCCGUCACCACCGAGAUUUCACAAAGGUCAUGAUGCCUUUUUUUUAUUGUAGUCAAGGUCAUUUGUCUACAAGUAUAAACCAUGUUGAUGCAAAACUUAAAAUAUGUUUUAGAACAACGACAAGUUUUUGUAAGGAGGCGCAACUAUGGGCGCUGAAAUUUAUACGCUUGUCAAUGGAAGACGCUUCAAAGCUGCUGCCAUUGUAUCCAAAUAUGAAAAUAAUACAUCUUGUUAGAGAUCCAAGAGGAAUUAUGCAUUCUAGGCUCAAAAUUCAAGUAGUAACAGCAAAAACUUUCAAGAAGGACGUAAAAGUACAUUGCUCUACAAUAGAGAAGGAUCUUAAAGUUUCAAAAGAAAUUCUGAAGAAACAACCAACACGGUUAAAAAUUUUGCACUACGAAGAUCUAGCUGAAAAUCCAUUAGAAACUGCAGAAACUCUUUUUAAAUUUUUAGGGUUAACGUUUGAAAAACGUUUGCAAGAUUUUAUUUUUGAGCAGACGCAUGCGUUACGUGAUUCAUCUGCAUAUAGUACUCAAAGAAAAAAUUCCAGUAAAACAGCCAGUGAAUGGCGAUCACAUAUUGAUCACAAAAAAGCUACAUUUAUUUACAAAACGUGCAGAACAAGUAAUGUUAUUUUAGGUUAUCUCCCUUUUGUAUCCUCUCAAGCGCUUAGAAAUCGAACAUUUCCAUCAAGAUAGCUAAUGCAUGUAGUGUGAAUUAGUACAACAAGAACACAGUGACACUAGAUAUCAAAGCGGCCCACAGAAGAGCUAAUGAAGGAAUAUCUUAAAAGGAGGAAAUUUUUCUUGAUAGAUUCCAGAUCUUAUAAAUAGACUUAUCCCGGUCGAUAGUAAUUUACUGUAACUUUCAAGUGCAUGUAACAUGCGAUAGACGCUGGCGCUAUGCACAAACAGUUCAGAUGAACCCUGUUGCCAGAAAGAUAUUCCUAAAAGUAGACAGCGGUGUCCAUCUGUUACUUGCAUUUCUUUUAUUUUUGAAGAUGCAAAAACUUGGCGGAUUCCAUUUUCGUAUUACAGUAGUGUACCAGGUUUUCAUAUAAAGUUUCAUACACAAACGAUCAUUCCAAAAUUUGUUCGUGGUUACAAUUUAGUAUAUUAAUUCUCAUAAAAUUGUCACAGUUUGUCACAGUACAAAUCGAGACACUUACUAGUACAGACACAUGCAGACCUAUACGACUUAGGACCAUCGUACAACUAUCGAUUCAUGUGACUAUAGAUUUAUAACACAACGUAAUAACUAACAGUUACGAUUGUACGAUAUUUGAUGAAUUAGAUCCACUAAAAUGUAAAAAAUAUCAAGAAUAAUCGGGAUCCAUUUGUUUUGACCCUCAGUCCAGCAAUCAUAAAUCCAAAGUGUAAUCACAUUUUAUUGUAUCUAUUCAUUUCACAUGUAUACUGGAAUACAUAAUGACAUCGAUGAAAUUAGACAAAAGGGUUGAGUGAGGCAGAAGCUAUAAUAACAUUUACGGGCAUGUCCUGAAAUGGUUUAGGGAACCUGUAGGAUUUCACUAUGUUGGUUCAAUAUGCAAUAAUUCAGAACAUAGUAAUUUUCGCGUAUUUUAAGGGUCUUCUUUACUGAGCAGGUAAUCAUGCAUACUUGUUUAAUUCCAGGUGAGCACAAUUUUAAAAUCACUGCCCUGGAGGGACAAUUGAUUCCGUACUUCCCACUUCUGACUUCUAACUUUUGCACUUCUCACUUUCAACUUCUUGACUUUCUACUUCUAACUUCCACCCUUCUGACUUCUAACUUCCGCACUUCUGACUUCCAACUUCCUGACUUUUCAAGUUUUCUCUUGUAGAUUUUAAGGAGAACAGUUGAAACGUAUGCCGCGAUCUGCAUUUCACGCACACUAGUAGAUUAAGCUGUUGUACCUGAUUGCAGACUCUUCGUACUAGCUACUAACAUAAAUUAAAACGUUUGCUGUAGUCAUUGAAUUUCUGCGACUACAGAUAACUUUGCAAGAUUCCUUCACUGGAUGAAGGUGCGGAUUGAAAUAUCUUGCUAGAUGGAAACUGUACGUUUAGGCGGUAACGAGGUUUUGCUAAG